GAGAAAUAACAUUAUGAUGUGACACCUAUUAUCUGAUUAAAUAAAUAGAAAAUGCUUUUUUAAAUGUUUUUUCUUUGUAAGCACCCGUAAAUUAUUUCUGUUAUGACAUUUGCCGCAGAAGAUAAACACGAAUUCGAAAAGGGCUCUGAUCUGGAAUCCGUUGAAUCAUAUUUUACACUAGAAGAUAAACCUGGAUCUAUUGGGACAUUUGAUUUCUAUGUUUGGUCAAUUAUACCUGUCAUUGGAAUUAUAUUUUGUUUUUUACAUACAGAACAAGAGCGUUUUUGGACUUGGACAGGGGAUACAGCAAAUGAGGCCCAGUCUUUUAAAUCAAAGAUCGUCGUCUCUCUUAUAUCUACGGUUAUUAGUGGGUGUGUCUUGGCAACACUUAUGAAAACAAUUUCCAGCAUUUCAUAUACCGUUAUCAGACAUCGAGGAGCCCAUUUUUCACAUCUUGUUACCGUGAUAGGUGGUCACUCUCCUGGGCAUCUUCCUAUGCUUAUUACUGGAAAGAAGUGGUCGAGUAUCCUUCUGAUUAUCUUGAUUUUAAUCAUCGGUUCGCUUAUCAAACAGCUUACUUUUAUGUCCAUGGGUAUGAGCUAUGUAUCAUCGGGAAAUGAAACUGCCUCUUUCUCCGUACGGAAUUAUUCAACAUGUAUAGCAACCAAUUCAAGCUCCAUGAUACAUGGAGUCUUUCCUACUCUAGCGAUGGAUACUUUUAAUAGCAUUAGAAAUCCAAAUAAUUCGUAUACAAAUGAAUACUAUGACCGAAGUAUACCUGCAGGUCUGAUCGGAGAAUCCAUAUUCCGACGUGAAUUGCCAUAUGCCAAUGUAUCCUGCAGAUUAAUAAAGUACAAGAAUAAUUAUAAACGCACAGGGCCAUUAAUCUUAGGAGUUCCAUCAUCUAUAUCUCCGCUAUACGAAUUAUCUUGGGCUGGAUCUAUGACCAUGCCAUAUCAAGAUAAUUACGGUGAAUCACUUCCGAAAAACUCUAUAGACUGUUCAAUCCAUCUGGGACAUGCGACUGCAUUGACAAAGUGUAAUGGGACAUUAUGCCAUACAAAACGGGUAUCAAAUAUCACCUCGUAUAGUAAAGAGGAUUAUAAUGGAGGCUUUGUUAGUUUGCUUUACAAAAUGUUUAAUAUCACGCAACCCGAGGGUUCUAUUUACCGAAAUUCAUUAAUGACUUGGAUAGCGGGAGGCGAGUGGACGGAAAUAUACUCGGUAGAAAAGCAUAUUCCUGGAGAAAACAAGCAAGUUAUUACGAGUAGACUGGAGAUCCUAGGAACAGUUGCUGCUAGAAUUCUAUGCGAUUACAAUAACAUGGACGCGGACGUCGGCGUGGUGCACCCAAUUUUUUAUACAACAUUUCAAACUUAUUUCCAGCCGUUUCAUUUCUAUACUUAUCGGAUAUUAUGGAGAUGGCCAUUUUGGAUGCUCGCUGGUUUUACCUUGGUUUUGUGGUUAGCAAGUAUGGUCUCUUUGAGGAUCGCGCCAGAGAGUAGAGUUAUAUCUGUGGAGUGGUUACUAAGCCAAUAUAUCAUGAAGGCGCGACUAAGCUAUGUGUCCGGCAGUCAAUUGGUAAAAGCACACAAGGAAUCUAUAUUCCAAGUCGUUGAUUCCAAGGAAAAAGAUGCUGAAAUAGGAAGUAUUGUUAUUUUAAAAAUCGAUCCCCAUGAUUGCAAAACACGUAUCAAUAUUCUUCAUGAAAAAAGUUACCUUUGA